CCCCUUCUCUUCACCUCCAGGGAUCCAUGCAACAUCUUUGAUGAUGCGCGCUCCCAUCCCUCAGCGGCAAAAAGUUCCACCGUGUUCUCGAUUCUUUCAAAUCUGUCUCCGGUGAUGCUGAUAGUCUCGUGACCUCCAUCAUGCGAGCCGUCGAUUUCGUCCGCCGGAAGGCACGUAAACGAGAUGAAUUCCUCCGAAACCUCCGGGCUGACAUGAAUACACGAAUGGAGAAGCGUGAUAACAUCUCAGAGAAGUUUAUAUCGCGCGGAAGCUUGCAGAUUAUCUGGUCCGAAGCUCGUUUGAAAGAAUUCGUCAAGCUUUUUGACCCGGGGUUCGACAAGACUUCGAUCCCCGAUGUUCAGCAGCGCUACAUUCAGACACUUUCGAUUCUUGUGUCGAUCAAAUGGGAUGGGUGGCCCCGAUUCGGAACGAUAUUUCUCAUGCAGGGUCGGGCAGAUUGUGACAUCCCAACACUCACCUUGGACGCUCUAGAAGACUCCAGGUUCCUUGGGCCAGAGUGGGCAGAUAUAUUCUUCUCGGAACGGUGUGUCUUUUGCCCGAUUGAUAUCUUGGAGGGGCAAAACAUUGUGCAAACAAACGAAUGGAGGCUUCCAUUCCUCAAAUGUAUAGAGGGAAGUAAGUUUGGAGGGUUUGGGGAGGUAGUCAAGGGAGCUAUCGCGCCAGGACACUUUCGCCCUUUGGAUGGUCGUCGUGCCAACGGGGAACCUUCAAAGACCAGUACCUUAGUUGCCUGUAAAAGCUUUUCCACGCGGCGCGAUUUUCGAAACGAGGUGGAGAAUCUCUCUCUUUUGCGUGGAAGUCCUUCCUGGCACGACCGUAUCGUCCUAUCUCUUGCUACGGUGACAAUGAAGCAGCAAUUCAGCAUUAUCUUCCCCUGCGCAGAUAUGGAUUUGGACGAAUUUCUAGCUGGGGAAUACGAGCAGUUUCCCGUUUUCACUCUGAGCGACCUGGUGAACGAGGCAUCCGGUUUAGCCGGGGCACUGGCGUUUUUGCAUGGUGGUCUCCAGCCCGAGAAUCUGAAAUGCCGCCAUAUGGACCUGAAGCCGCCCAAUGUUCUCAUUUUCAAAUCCAAAGGUUAUCGUGCCGGAGAGUGGAAAAUCACCGACUUUGGUAUUUCCAUCAUCGACAAGCCAGAUCAACACCCAGAGACUGUAUCGGAUUUGGUUCAAGAUAUAACUUUCCCUGUCCCUGGUGAAGUACCCUACCACACUAGUACCUACCAGCCUCCAGAAGCGUCCAACGAUCGUCCGUUUGGGCGCCGAAGUGACGUCUGGUCCUUAGGGUGUAUCUUGAUGCGUGUUCUUGCAUUUGGUCUCGGCGGCAAAGAUGGGCUUCAAGACCUAGAUGUCCAGAGGGGAGAGCUUGAUGGCCUCAGCUAUCGAAAUGAUAAAUUCUAUCGAGGAUCUCCACCAGUUCUGAACCCUCACGUAGGGGAAUGGCUUGACACACUUAUUGCUAGGUAUCCCGAAUACAGUCACGAGUUCCUGGCAAGAUGCAGGGACCUCCUGUUCAAGAUGCUUUCCAUCGAAAAGUAUCAAAGACCACUCUCAAGUGAGGUUUAUGAGGACUUACUUGACAUCUUGGAGAAUGCCCCGCCCGAGCGCAGGCUGAGACCUGCUAGCGACACUCUGGUGGUCACGGCUCAGCCCCAGGGCGAUAUCGGCAUCACAGCAACGGUGGAAUCCCUUGUGGACGCAAUUAAGAAAGGCAAAACCCAUGAUCUAAGAAUAUUUCUGAAUGGCACAGUCAUGGUCGAAGAAAAGCAUGACGGGGACAGGCCCGUGAUCCACGCAAUCCGCCACAAACGCCCUGACGCAGUCGAAAGGCUUCGGGAGUACCGACGCGAAUUAGACCUCGAGACCCCCGACUCGGGUGGUAAUACUCCACUAAAGGUGGCCGUGGAGACGGGGGAUGUUGAUAUGGUCGAGACUUUACUGAAUGCCGGAGUGAAUAUGAACGCCCGGUCCAAGGGUGAUUUGACACCGCUGAUGGCUGCUACCAAACGCGGGGACGUGCCAAUUAUCAAAGCAUUGUUGGGUCGCGGGGCUGAUCCCAUGGUGUUUUCAGAGCAUGGAUAUACCGCUUUGCAUUACGCUGCAAUGAUUUGGGACGUCGGGGCUGAGGCCAUUCGCAUGCUCAUUGAGAGUGUAGAAACAGUCGACAUUCCUGCCCAACACGGCGGUCAAACACCACUUUUCAUGUUAGUAAAUAAUUAUAGCGACACGGCCCUUUGGCGGAAGAAGUAUAACGCCCUUCGACAGGCUGGAGCUGAUAUCAAUAGAGUGGAUGACAACGAUAUGACACCACUGGCUGUCGCCGUUCAAACUCACGAGGCAGACUUGGCAGAACGUCUUUUGAAACAGAAUGCUGCAUAUGGGCCAACUCCAUUACCCAAGCACCCACCACCCCACAUGAAGAAGGUUAUAGGAGAGAUCGCCGCCAAAAUCAACUCGGAAGGAAACGGAUCAAUAGUCAGACGUCGUCAGUCCUCACUGAGGAGUUCAAUUGCAAGAGGCUAGUACGAAUAUGGGAUUAUCGCGGUGGAUAAAGGUCGACUCUCAUGUUUAUUUCCUUCUGUCUCAGAUGUAACUCUAUAUAUACCCUUUUGGACCA